AUGUCUGGAACGUGUGUCCAAAAGUCCGGAUCCGACCCGAUCGAUGCGCGACGGAUACGGCUUGGCUUAACCGAGGUCAGCUACGUAGUCGAGGCCGUAGCCGGUGGCUCCCGCAAUGACACCGCUGACCUGCUCCGCAAAUUCAACGCCUGUUAUCUGAUCCUCUCGCAUGUCGCCUUUCCCAUUCACGGCCUAGUCUGUACAGGCAUGCAAGUCAGCGCCAGCAACGACUCGACGAGAUCCGAGACUGCACUGCAAGUGGCCAGUGGGGCUGGACAUGGGUUGCAUCGCCCGACGGGAUCGACGGGAUGGCGCUUCGAGGGUUCAUUCGUUAUAAGAGCCGUGCAUCUUCCUCGAGGAUGCGAUUGCGGACCGUCCGCCGUCUUCAUUCCUUCGCGAGGGUCACUGCCAAUUCUUCGCUGGAACUCAUCUACCAUUUUCACCAUGGGCGGUGUCUUGGAUCUCGUGCGAGGUCGUAGAGAUGGCGCUGUCGUCCACGACAUUGCGACAUCGGGCCCAGCCGCGACUGAGGGCAAGACCGAGGCUGGCGCCGUCUCCGAUUCAAACUCGGAUCGCCUCAGUCUCGAGGAGAGGAACGAGAAGGAGAUCAUUGAACAUCCGGACACGGUCACCGCCGAUGCACAGCUCGGACAGAAGAAGGCCGAGGCUGCAGCUCUUGUCUGGUCCAAACCUGCCGUUUACGCGACCUACGCAUGGAUUUGGAUCUGCUUUUUCAUGCUCGCCCUUCAGCAAUCCAUCUUGAGCAAUGUCAUGUACCUCGCGUACGCGGACUUUGCCAGCGCCCCAGAAAUUUCCACCGCCUACAUCCUGGCCGCCAUUGUCGGCAGCGUGCUCAAGCUGCCCAUCGCCAAGGUGCUAAACCUGUGGGGCCGCGCCGAGGGUUUCCUCGUGUUCGAGCUCAUUUACCUUGUGGGAAUUAUCAUUAUUGCAUCUUGCAGCGAUGCCAACUCCUUUGCCGCUGGCUACGUCCUCUACUGGAUCGGCUAUGAUGCCGUCUAUUUCAUCAUGGAUGUCUUCAUUGCCGACACCUCUGGACUCCGCAACCGAGCCUUUGCCUUUGCCUUUGUCAGCACGCCUUUCAUCUGCACAGCCUUCACUGGCCCGCUUGCCGCCCAGUCCUUCCUGACCAUGACUACGUGGCGUUGGGCUGUCGGCUCCUUUGCCAUUAUCAUGACCUUUGUCUUCACCCCGCUGGCUGUUGUCUUCAAGUUCUUCCAGAUGAAGGCUGAGAAGCAAGGCCUGUUCAAAAAGGAGCGUAGCGGCCGCACGAUCUGGCAGUCGACGAAGCAUUAUUUCGUUGAGUUCGACAUCAUCGGCGCCUUGCUCCUGAUUGCUGCCUUCGUGCUCUUAUUGCUUCCCUUCAGCAUGAGCACGUAUGGCCGAACUAGCUAUAAUACGGCGACAUUCAUUGUCAUGGUCGUCAUCGGGUUUCUCUUGUUCUUCGUCUUUGCCGCGUGGGAGAAAUUCUGGACCAAGUCACACUUUAUCCGUUGGGAGUUGUUCAAGAAGCGCACUGUAUUGGGGGCCUGCAUUCUUGCAGCCGUCCUCUACUACAGCUUCUAUUCCUGGGACACGUACUUCUACUACUUCGUUCAGGUUGUUUACGAUUUAAACAUCGCCAAUACCGGUUAUAUGACCCAGAUCUACAACAUUGGCUCGUGCUUCUGGGGUGUUGUUUUCGGCAUUUGGAUCCGCUACACCAAGCGUUUCAAGUACACCUGCCUCUUUUUCGGCCUGCCGCUCAUGUUCCUCGGUGCUGGGCUCAUGAUCCGUUUCCGUGGUCAGGAUUCCAACAUCGGCUAUAUCGUCAUGUGCCAGAUCUUUAUUGCGUUCGCUGGCGGCACGCUGGUCAUUGGUGAGCAGAUGGCUGUUAUGGCCGCUGCUGACCGGGACGGUGUCCCAAUGAUGCUGGCUGUGCUCAACCUGUCUGCCGGUCUCGGCGGCGCCAUCGGCUAUGCCGUCGCUGCCGCCAUUUAUACCAACACUUUCCCGUACGCCUUGCAAAGCACCCUGCCGGCCGAAUCUGUGGCGGAUUGGGCAACCAUUUACGCUGGUGGAUCCGCAUCUCAGAUGUUGUAUCCCAUGGGAUCCGAGACCCGAAAUGCCAUCAAUUAUGCAUGGGGAUACUCACAAAAGUAUAACUCCAUCUCAGCUACCUGCUGCCUCAUCUUGGGCAUCCCGGCUAUUGCCAUGUGGAAAAACUACAGCGUUGACAGGAAGCAAAACAAGGGUACGCUUAUGUGA